AUGCCUUACCCUGAGACCACCGAUGCGUUUGCUGUCACAGACAUCAAGAACGGAAACUGGAGCAACUUCAAGCGACAAGAGCUGCCGCUCAAGAAAUUCGAAGAUUAUGAUGUAGAUAUCGCCAUCGAUGCUUGCGGUGUCUGCGCGUCCGAUGUUCACACCAUCUCCGGCGGAUGGGGAGAGGAAAUUCCGCUUCCGCUAUGUGUAGGCCACGAGGUCAUCGGCAAGGUCGUCAAGGUCGGCUCCAAGGUCAAGAACCUCAAGGUUGGCGACCGUGCCGGUGUUGGUGCUCAGAUUGGCGCCGACCUCACAUGUAACAACUGCAAGGCGGACCAGGAAAAUUACUGCCCGAAUGCCAUCGACACAUAUGGCGCACCUCACCCCGAUGGUACCAUCGCCCAGGGUGGUUACUCCAGCCACAUCCGCGCUCACGAGUACUUCACCUUCAAGAUUCCCGACAACCUCGAUACUGCAAUCGCAGCACCGAUGCUGUGCGCCGGUCUCACCACAUUCUCUCCGCUCAAGCGAUUAGGCACCGGCAAGGGCAAGAAGGUCGCCAUCGUUGGUCUGGGCGGUCUCGGGCACUUCGGCGUCCUUUGGUCCGUCGCCCUUGGCGCCGAAACCUAUGUGAUUUCACAUUCGGAAUCCAAGAAAGACGAUGCUCUCAAGCUUGGCGCUAAAAACUUCAUCUCAACUAACAAGGAGAAGUGGUUCGAGCCCUGGGCCUUCCAAUUCGACAUCAUCCUCAACUGCGCCGACGCAACCGACAAGUUCAACCUCCCUGACUACUUCUCCACCCUCAAGGUCAACGGUACCUUCCACAUGGUCGGAUUCCCCGACAACAAGCUGCAGCCGCUGGACGCAAAGGCGUUUGCGCCGAAUGGAUGCUACAUGGGUGCGAGCCAUAUUGGAAACAGGCCUGAGAUGGAGGAGAUGUUGGAACUUGCGAGCAAGCAAAACAUCAAGAGCUGGGUCGAGACCCUCGACAUCAGUGAGGAGGGAUGCAAGCAGGCGGUCGAGAGGGUGUAUAAGAAUGACAAUGUGAGGUUCAGGCUUACGCUUGUUGGAUUCGACAAGGUGUUCGGAAAGAGGUCAUAG